CUUGGUCACAUUAAAGUCCCGGCAUUUUUGGCGGAUACCGCGUGAAUUUCUGUUUUGUUUUUAUUAAUAUUAAUGCCAAGUAGCAGAUAGCCGGGAUCCGCAACAGCAGCAGCAGGAAUGGCCGACAGUCCGUUCCCGAUGAGCAACCGCAGUGGCCUGUUGCGCACCACCCUAAACGGCUCCCUUGGGCCGCAGAACCUGUCCCAUUCGCUGCUCCUCCUCGAGCAGAGCAACGCGGCUCUGGAGGAUCGGGCGCUGGUCGAGGACGCCGGCGACGAUCUGGAUCGCGGAAAGAGCCGCGUGGACGUACUGUUCCCACAGUUCUUCGACGUGCUGCAGGCGCAUGGCGGCGGACCAGAGGCCUUCGAGGUGAUCCAGGCCCUAACCCACGUCUGUCGCGGAGUCGUGGAACAGCUGGAGCUGGAGAUCGAUCGUGGCGUGGGUGGGGCACAGGGUGCCAGGCAGCGCGAGGCCAUUCUCGCUUGGCUGCGCCAGGAGAUCUACACGUGGCGACUGUUGCACGCCCUCUUCUACGACCGCAUCCUGCUGCAGGCAGAUACCCAGGCGGAUGAUGAGAUGCAUGACGGUCCCACCCUGGGCGGCAGCGAGAAGGAGGUCAUCCAGCAGCUGUACACCAUCAACGCCACUCUGCGAGAAUACCAGCUGGUCGUGGACUGGCUGGAGGCCUGCUACGAUCCGGGAGAGCAGCAGAACCCGCUGCACUGCCACGACCGCAUGAUGGCCUGGGAGAACACGCUCUUCCAGCUUGAGAACCUGCAGGGCGCCGCCUUUGGCAAGGGCCACGAGAUCGUGACGCGCCUGGAUCCGGAUGCCCCCGUCCGUGAAAAGCGCCCGCUGCACGCCCUCGACGAGGAGGACAACCUGCGCCUGUCCCGCGCCAUCUUUGCGGCCAUUCGCUCGGGACGCGUCGACGAGGGUCUGAAGCUGUGCAAGCACUACGGACAGACAUGGCGGGCGGCCAUCCUCGAGGGCUGGCGUCUCCACGAGGAUCCUAAUUUCGAGCAGAGCGUAUCUGGGGUCCAUGAAAAGCUGCCCAUCGAGGGCAAUCCCAGAAGGGACAUCUGGAAGCGCUGCGCCUGGAUGCUUGCCGAUUCCAAGAACUACGACGAGUACAGCCGGGCAACAGCGGGCGUCUUCUCAGGCCACCUGGGCUCGCUGAAGAACCUCCUAAGCAGCAACUGGCAUGACUUGCUGUGGGCCCACCUGAAGGUCCAGAUUGACAUCCGUGUGGAGUCGGAGAUUCGUGGCUGCUGCUUGAAGCGCUAUCAACCGAUGCCCGACGAUUACUGGAACGGCAAGAUGACCAUGGAGCAGAUCUUCGACGAGCUGAACGUGGCCAAGGAUGCCUCUGUGCGGGACUUUGCCCAGGGUCAACUUGGCAUUAUCCAGCGCCAUUUAAUCUUGGAUACCUGCGGAGAGCUGCUCCAGCACAUGGCGCGCUGGGUGGAGAAAGAUGCCGGCCAACUAUCACCCCACCAACUUCGCUUCACGGCCCACAUUGUGCUCUUCCUGCGCCAAAUCGGACGCGUAGAGAAGGAGCGGCAGGCGGAGAAGAUCAUUGCCGCCUAUGUGGAGGCCUUGAUCGCGAGGGGCGAGCCCCAGCUGAUAGCCUACUAUGCAGCAGCCCUCUCGAAUCCACUGCAGGUUAAGCUGUACUCGCGUUUUCUAGAGCAGGUGGAGCAGAAGCGCCAGCGGGAAUUGGCUCUGGAUGCCGCCUUGGAAGCAGGCUUGGAUGUGGAGCAGAUCACACGGAUCACCGUGGAGAACAUUCGACUCGUCCACCACGCUCCUGGAGAAUUCGGUGAGCCGCACUCGGGCGAGAUCUCCGUGCCGGAUCAGCGCAAGAUCUCAGCCCUGGAAUGGCUCCUCCAUCUGCCGGAGCAGCGCGGUGAGCUGCUGUGGCAGGCCAACGCCAUGAUGCGCACUUACCUGGCCUGCAGUAAGAUGGAGUGCGUGCGCCAAACCUUCCGUAUGGUGCCCGGCGACAUAGUGCAGCAGAUCGUGAACUUGUACAGCUCGGUGGACAACAUUCCGCCGCGCGAGGAGUGCUGCGUGAAGGAGUACCUCUGCUAUAAGGUGUAUCUCUCAGGCGUGGACAGCUUCGUGGAGUGGAACCGCCUGCAGCAGAACAAGCCAAAGAAGCCGCAGGCUGGCAUUUCUGCCUCCGCUCAGGACAACUUCACGGAGCGCAUGGCAAGUGAGCGUAAGGAGCAGGCCCACCGAUCGGAAGUCCUGCGCUGGGAGCACAAGGUCAAGGAGCAGGCCAAACAAACCAUCGAAACCCUGUACAACGUGCUGAUGUUCCCGGACAAGGGAUGGCUGGUGGAUCCGUUCAUCGCCAAGCAGCCCGAGAACGCCGUGCAGCUGAACUGGGAGCAUCGCCUGCUGCAGAUGGAGAAGUUGCGCUCCAUCUGCAUUCCCGAAAUCGCCCUGCUUCUGAAUGAAGUCAUGUUCAAAUCGGGCGACUUUGCCGGCUGCGUGCGACUGGCGGAUGAGAUCUCCGGCGAGGGCCGACAGCUGUACAAGGUCUACACGAAGCACAAGCUGGCCGAGCUGCUGGCCAAGAUCGCGGACGCCUCGCUGGAGCUGCUCAACUCGAAACUGGAUCCCUGGGGCUACCCCAUAACAGUCUAGCAGUACAAUGUGUGUUUUUGCGAUUACAUUCUAACUUUAAACGUUUA